AUCGGUUGAAGCGCUCAUAAGGAGGCAGCACAGGGGUUUGUUGUUGUUUUUUAGUAGUGGAACUAGAUCGUCGACAUUUUUAAAAAGACCUGAUCUGGAAAAGAAUUGGAAUUGUACAUUUCGGGAUCCUGACGUCUUUUUUUUUUGUAGACGCAGUAAGGGAAGGUUUUAGGUGAAUCCAUCUGCUGAGGGGGAAAAAAGAUGAGUAGCCAGUACCAGUGCAGUGUUCCAUUCGAAGCCAGGAGAUUGGAGGGGGCAAGGGUUCGUGCCAAACAUCCUGACAAAAUUCCGAUCAUUAUAGAAAGAGCUGCUAGGUCCCGUGCCCCUGAACUUGACAAAAAGAAAUACCUUGUUCCCUCAGACCUAACAGUUGGCCAGUUGUGCUUCCUGAUCAGACAGCGAGUAUCCUUGAGGCCAGAAGAAGCAAUCUUCUUUUUCGUUAAAAAUUCCCUUCCUCCUUCCAGCUGCCCGCUUUCUGUUUUGUAUGAGGAACACCAUGAGGAGGACCUGUUUCUGUACAUGACUUACAGCAAUGAGAGUGUGUAUGGCGCCUGAGCGGAAAAAAAUUUUUGAAUGGUUGGAAGAGGGAGCCAGUGAUGGACUUUGGGCGUGUGCUAGAGGAAGGGAUGGACUUUAAACAGUGGUGUGGCGACGUUUUUAUUGUUUUACCACUAUUAAUCCGUUUUGUUAUGAAGCUGAGCUUACAGUGUUGAACAUCAGCUUGGUUUAAAGGAUGUAACUGGUUUGUGUUUAAACUACUAUGAGUUUAAUUACAUUUAACUAUGUAAGUAAGGUGUUGUAAUAUAGAUGGAGGUAAUGGAGGGAGAGAAGAGAUGUAAAUUACAGGAAAAAGUGAAUGGGGACACUUCGAUGACUAUGGUGCAGUGCAAAAUGACCCCACAAUUCCAUGACUCUGUGCCAGGAGUGACUCAUCUGUAUUUAAUGAAAAUAUAUAUAUAUUUUUUUUUGUAAAGGUAAAUGAUGGAUUUUGUGGUCAAAAAAAGAGACAGACAUGCAGUGUUGUGCUGGUGUGGGUUUUAUUAAUUUAUCUAAUUUUCAUGAAAUUAAAGUAUGUGUUAUGCACAAAACAUAUCAGAAUUCAGAACCUACCAAACUUUCUGGCCCAUUUCCAUACCCUUCCAUGUUAUAAUAACCUCAAUUCUUCUGGAAAGGCUUUCUACUAGAUUUUGGAAUCUGGCUGUGGAGACAUCCUGAGAUUCAACAAGAAAAGCAAUAGCGAGUUUGGGCAGUGAUAAGGAGGCGUGGUGCACAGUCAGUGUUUUGAGGGUGUUCUCGUCAGGGCUCUGUGCAGGAAACUGUUCUUCCUCUCCAACCCUUGCAAACCAAGUCUUUAUACUUGCUUAGUGCAUAGGAGCACUGUCAUGUGGAAAAAGAUUGGGCCUCUUAGUUCUGAUGAAGGGAAUCAGCAGUUUGGGGAAGAACAACAUACAGUAUAAGUGUGAUGGUCAGGUGUCCACAAACCUUUGGCCAUAUCAUGUAUGUAAAACACUACAAAAUCUACCUUGAAUUUCCAGUAACUAAAAUUACAACAAAUUACCAACAUAACAGCUUCAUUGAGGUAUGACUGUUAAGCAGACCCCAACAUCACAGAUUUGAUAUUUCAGAGCAAAUUACACAGAGUUUCAAAGCAGCCACAUAGUGUGUGUCUGAACUGCAGGUUCAUCUUUCAUAAAAUCUGAAUCAUUAUUAAAUGUUUUCAGGGGAACCGUCUUAAAACCUGUGCCAGUGUAAUGCAAGGACAAACAGUAUCAGCGAAGAGUAACAGUAGUCACCACUCUAAGCUUAUAUAAACGCACAAACAGACAUAAGCCAUCAAUGCAAGAAUUUACUAUUCCCUUUAAUAUUGUGUUGAUUUUUCAAAAAAAAGUAUUUUACCAUAAAAAAAAACAGUGAGACAUGAGUAACUGUUUAUACAGAAAAAUGAAGAAACCUCUCAGUUUUCUGAAAUUGAAUAUAAAAUAUGUAAUAACAACAGUGAUUUUUUUCAAUAAUAAAGAAUUUUAAGAGUAGUUGAUUACAUUUUGCUGCUGUUUUUCGGCAACAAUUUUCCCUUGUAGUCAGCAUUGUUAGCAUGUGUGUAGCUCACUGGUUUGGUGUUUGGGGCUUAGAAAUAGUUCAUGAAUCAGGAGUAGCCCAUGAAUGAUGUUCAGUCCAUCCACAUGUUUCUCUCUGACAAUAAUUACUUUUCUUUCAAUAAUAGCAAUAGUAAUCAAUAAUAGCACCCUGGAGUGUUUUAUUCCUUUUGUGCCAUAGCAGUUUGCCUAUUAUUACAAUUUUUCAUUUGAACCAUACUUUAUAUUUGUCUUUCUUAAAAACAAUAAACAAAAAAACAAAAAAAAUAACAACACAGUAAAACCAGAAGAAAAGUACUAAAGACUUUCCUGUAGUAUAAACGUUCUGACUGUUACAAAGCACUAACCCUUUAGACUACUUCCAAAAAUGUUUAAAUAAACAAUACAUAUUUUAAUCUAUUUAUUAUUAGCUUUGAAUUAUUUUAGAGCACCCACCACAAGUCACAGCAAGUGAGCUGUAUGUAUGUAAUAGAUAACAUAUUAGACCAAGCUCAUUAACAAAAUUCUGUGAUUUGAAUCACAGUCAGCUUUAGUGUCAGAGCUGCUGAUGUAGAGAACAACACCAUCUGAUGAAGCAACACCAUCUGACUAAUCAGUACGAGUUAACGUAGAUGUCCGUAUCAGAAAGAGGACAUGCUUCACCAAAAAAAAAUGUGUAGCAAUAUUGCUCUAUAAUUUCUCGAUAAUACGAUAAGAUAUAAAACAAUACACUUCAAGAUCUAUAAUAAUAAUGUAUAAAUAAUAUUAGUUAAUGGGUAUUUGCAUAUUUAUUAUAUUCUGUCAUCAAUAUUUUAAAGAGUAUGUGAUUAGAUUAAUGGAACCUUAUAGCAAUUUUAUAUUAAAAUCAGCCACUGAAAGAGUUAACUCUCAGUGCUAGACCAGAUAAAAUGGGAUGGUCAUCCGGUGUAAAACCUGUGCCAAGUCAAAUAUUUGGACAAGAUGAUUGUCCAAGAUGAUUUGAGUGGCCAAACCAAAAAUAAAUAAAAAAAUCCCAAUAAACAUGGUGGGAGUUUGUAUGUGUGUGACUGGGGUGAAGUAUGUCUCACAGUUGCAAAGAAACAACCAGGUAAAAUUGGGGUGGGGGUGGGGCGUUUGUAUGCAAAUAUGUGAAAUGAACCAUUUUUAUUGCAUAUGUUGAUUAUUGUAUAUGUUGAUUUAAAUUUUUUUUUCAAUUUUAACUUUAAAAUGGUAAAUUUUACCAGCAACAUAACACGAGGGCUACUGGAACCUUAUAGCAAAUUAAAAUUUUAAAUAAAAAUCAGACACUGAAAGAGUUAACUCUCAGUGCUGGUCCCAAUUCCAGAUAAAAUGGGAGGGUCAUCCGGUGUAAAACCUGUGCCAAGUCUAAUAUGUGGACCAAAUGAUCUGCUGUGGAAAGCCCAAACUGAGAGUAGCCAAAAGAACAAGAACACCACAAUAUCUGUUCCAGUCAUGCAAAAUGGGUAAUUCAUGUUUAAAACAUCUGCACAUCUGUAAGGACUGGACAUACUGACAUCUCACUAUUAAAAUUAAAAUAAUAAUAAUAAUUAAAAUAUUAAAACUGGUUCAAAAGCUGCUUUUUUAGUUUACUGGAAAGUUAUCUAGAAGGGGAAUGAAUUUGUAUUCAUACUGAUAAUAUUGAAUAAAAAAACAAGCUUUUACUUGAACAACUCUUUAUUUAUCUGACAAAUUGACCCAAUAUAUCAUGUUAAAACUUUGAUAAUGUAGGUCAUCUAGUUUGAAUCAUUCAAAUCUCAUGCAAAAGUGCUGCUGAUCUACCUGUUGCUUACUGGUCUCUAUGUGGGCUUUUCUUAGGUCUGGAGGAAGUCCUCAAACACUUCUAGUAUCAAUUAAAGCAGCGAUAGUUGAGUAGCUUUAGUUGCCUAAGAUUUAUAAGAACUAAAAGCCAUUAUGAACACAGAUGCUUAUGUGUGGAAGUUUGUUGAAGGAUUGGAGGGAGGAAAUGUGUAAAGAGAGUGUUCCUCUCUGGCUUGUUUUCUUAUUUGUGACUGAUAAGCAACUUGCUGCUCAGCCUGUGUGGUAAAAUCCAAUUUUUUACCGCAUUACGGGUUUUUUGAUGCCUUUGCUUUGGGUCACCACUGUGCACUGGACAAUGGGACCCUGUACACUUUGUACACUAUGUUUCUGCCUAAAGCUACAUAUAUAGUCAUCAGAAGUUUGAGCAUUCAAAUCCCAGGGGCCACCAAGUAGCUGCAGAUGAGCUUAACCCUCACGUUCUUUGUAUUUAAAUAAGAUAAUUAGAAGCUGCUCUGGAUAAGAGCAUCUGCAAAAUGCUGUAAAUGUAUUAAGAAGUGAAAAGAGAGUCUUUAUCUGCAAGGGCAUUGAGCUGGAGCAGCCUGAGGUGAGGCAGAGGAGAAAAUCUGUGUUAAUACUGGAGGCAAAUUAAUCUGGACAAUGAUUUUUGUCCAGUUUCCAUGGUUUCUAAUAGUUGACUAGGAACACUGACAUUCCAAAAAAAUUCAACUAAACAGGAAUUUCCUUUUCCAUAGUGACCAUAACUUAUUUUGAUUAAAUUCAGCAGUCAAAAGAAGGGAGUGUCUGGGCAUUGUUUUAGUAUAAAAGUGUGAUAAGGAAAUGUGGAAAAGCAAUCAAGAUAGGGGAUAAGUAUGUAUUAGGGCUUUGAGAAUUUCUCUAAACAGUGAGUCUCCUGUUUCUUUUUUUGUUGAUACAUACAGGGGUUGGACAAUGAAACUGAAAUGCCUGGUUUUAGACCACAAUAAUUCAUUAGUAUGGUGUAGGGCCUCCUUUUGCGGCCAAUACAGCAUCAAUUCAUCUUGGGAAUGACAGAUACAAGUCCUGCACAGUGGCCAGAGGAAUUUUGAGCCAUUCUUCUUGCAGAAUAGUGGCCAGGUCACUACGUGAUGCUGGUGGAGGAAAACGUUUCCUGACUCGCUCUAAAUAAUAUUUAGAUCUGGUGACUGUGCAGGCCAUGGGAGAUGUUCAACUUCACUUUCAUGUUCAUCAAACCACUCUGUCACCAGUCUUGCUGUGUGCAUUAUCAUCCUGAUACACGGCACCGCCUUCAGGAUACAAUGUUUGAACCAUUGGGUGUACAUGGUCCUCCAGAAUGGUUCGGUAGUCCUUGGCAGUGACGCGCCCAUCUAGCACAAGUAUUGGGCCUAGGGAAUGCCAUGAUAUUGCAGCCCAAACCAUCACUGAUCCACCUCCAUGCUUCACUCUGGGCAUGCAACAGUCUGGGUGGUACGCUUCUUUGGGGCUUCUCCACACCGUAACUCUCCCAGAUGUGGGAAAGACAGUGAAGGUGGACUCAUCAGAGAACAAUACAUGUUUCACAUUGUCCACAGCCCAAGAUUUUCACUGCUGGCACCAUUGAAACCGACGUUUGGCAUUGGCACGAGUGACCAAAGGUUUGGCUAUAGCAGCCCGGCCAUGUACAUUGACCCUGUGGAGCUCCUGACGGACAGUUUUGGUGGAAAAAGGAGAGUUGAGGUGCACAUUUAAUUCUGCAGUGAGUUGGGCAGCUGUGGUUUUAUGUUUUUUGGAUACAAUCCGGGUUAGCACCCGGACAUCCCUUUCAGACAGCUUCCUCUUGCGUCCACAGUUACUCCUGUUGGAUGUGGUUCGUCCUUCUUGGUGGUAUGCUGACGUUACCCUGGACACCGUGGCUCUUGAUGCAUCACAAAGACUUGCUGUCUUAGUCACAGAUGCACCAGCGAGACGUGCACCAACAAUUUGUCCUCUUUUGAACUCUGAUAUGUCACCCAUAAUGUGUGCAUUGCAAUAUUUUAAGCAAAACUGUGCUAUUACUCUGCUAAUUAAACCUUCACACUCUGCUCUUACUGGUGGAAUGUGCAAUCAAUGAAGAUUGGCCACCAGGCUGGUCAAAUUUAGCCAUGAAACCUCCAACACUAAAUUGGCCAGUGUUUCAGUUUCAUUGUCCAACCCCUGUACAUGGAUUUGUCAUUGUUUUUGAGAAAAAGUAGUACAGCAGUUACAUAAGUCUCUUUUUCUGUUUUUUUUUUCCCUGUCUGACAUCACUGAGUACUUAAGAAAAAUGAAACCGAAGAAAGUGUGAGACCAUGAACACUGACAAAGUAACUGAGAUGGAGGUGAAAAAGCUCACUCCAGUAGAAAUACAAAACGUUAAGGGUGCUGAAAAAGGCAAAAUGGGAGAAACAAAAG